AAAUGUUACUGAAGAUCAUGCAUGAUGUGAUAAAGAAGGUAAAGAAGAAGGGGGAGUGGAAGGUGCUGGUGGUGGAUCAGCUGAGCAUGAGGAUGCUCUCCUCCUGCUGUAAGAUGACGGACAUCAUGACCGAGGGGAUAACAAUUGUGGAAGACAUCAACAAGUGCAGGGAGCCACUGCCCAGCCUGGAGGCUGUGUACCUCAUCACUCCGUCGGAGAAGUCUAUCCGCUCCCUCAUGAAUGACUUUAAGGACCCACCGACUGCUAAGUACCGGGCUGCCCAUGUCUUCUUCACUGACUCUUGUCCAGAUGCCUUGUUUAACGAGCUGGUAAAAUCUCGAGCAGCCAAAGUCAUCAAGACUCUGACGGAAAUCAACAUUGCGUUUCUCCCCUACGAGUCCCAGGUGUAUUCCCUGGACUCGGCUGACUCUUUCCAGAGCUUCUACAGUCCCCACAAGGCUCAGAUGAAGAAUCCGAUACUAGAGCGCCUGGCAGAGCAGAUCGCCACUCUGUGUGCCACGCUGAAGGAGUACCCAGCCGUGCGGUAUCGUGGGGAGUACAAGGACAAUGCUCUGCUGGCCCAGCUAAUCCAGGACAAGCUCGACGCCUACAAAGCCGAUGACCCCACCAUGGGCGAGGGCCCAGACAAGGCUCGCUCCCAGCUCCUGAUCCUGGACCGCGGUUUCGACCCCAGUUCCCCUGUUCUUCAUGAGCUGACCUUUCAGGCUAUGAGUUACGAUCUGCUGCCUAUCGAGAAUGAUGUGUACAAGUAUGAGACGAGCGGCAUCGGAGAGGCGCGGGUGAAGGAAGUGCUUCUGGACGAGGACGACGACCUCUGGAUAACGCUGCGCCACAAGCACAUCGCAGAGGUGUCCCAGGAAGUCACCCGUUCUCUGAAAGAUUUUUCUUCCAGCAAGAGAAUGAACACGGGGGAGAAGACCACCAUGCGGGACCUGUCCCAGAUGCUGAAGAAAAUGCCCCAGUACCAGAAAGAGCUCAGCAAGUAUUCCACCCACCUGCAUCUUGCCGAGGACUGCAUGAAGCAUUACCAAGGCACCGUGGACAAGCUCUGCCGGGUGGAGCAGGACCUGGCCAUGGGCACGGAUGCUGAAGGCGAGAAGAUCAAGGACCCCAUGAGAGCCAUCGUCCCCAUUCUGCUGGACGCAAAUGUCAGCACUUAUGACAAAAUCCGCAUCAUCCUCCUCUACAUCUUUCUCAAGAAUGGCAUCACUGAGGAAAACCUGAACAAACUGAUCCAGCACGCCCAGAUCCCCCCGGAGGACAGCGAGAUCAUCACCAACAUGGCGCACCUGGGCGUGCCCAUCGUCACCGACUCUACGUUGCGUCGCAGGAGCAAGCCAGAACGGAAGGAGCGCAUCAGCGAGCAGACCUACCAGCUGUCACGAUGGACCCCGAUUAUUAAAGACAUCAUGGAGGACACCAUUGAGGACAAGCUCGAUACCAAGCACUACCCUUACAUCUCUACCCGCUCCUCUGCCUCCUUCAGCACCACCGCCGUCAGCGCCCGCUACGGGCACUGGCAUAAGAACAAGGCCCCGGGCGAGUACCGCAGUGGUCCCCGCCUCAUCAUCUUCAUCCUGGGAGGCGUGAGCCUGAGCGAGAUGCGCUGCGCCUACGAGGUGACCCAGGCCAACGGCAAGUGGGAAGUGCUGAUAGGAUCCACGCAGAUUCUCACCCCACAAAAACUGCUGGACACGCUGAAGAAACUGAAUAAAACAGAUGAAGAAAUAAGCACUUAAAACAAUAAGCUGCCCCUCCAAAAAGUGAACCCUCUUCCCCCCCGUGCUCCGCAGCCCUGCCGCUGCCCGCUGCCCGCAGUGGUUCCUUUGCUGACCCUCUGUCCCUCCCUGCCUCCCAGCUCUGCACGCCCUAGUCGGCGCUGUUGCCGCUGCGUUCUCGUGUUUAAUGAUGCCCUCUUCUCUUUGAAACAAAAGAAAAUAAUGCAUUGUGUUUUUU